AUGGAUCAGGAGACUGACAUAGAUUUCAUUCAAAAUCACAUUAUGUGUAGAUUUGGAGUUCCAGAAACAAUUACUACUGAUCAGGGGACAAUUUUCACUGGUCGAAAGAUGCAAGAUUUCACAAAGGAAGUUGGAAUUAAGUUAUUGACGUUGACACCUUAUUAUGCACAGGCAAAUGUACUGCCAGUAAAAAUUCAAGUUCAUGCAGUUAGAAUUCAAAGGCAACAUGAAAUACCAUCUGAAGAUUAUUGGAACAUGAUUGCAGAUGAAUUAGUAGACUUGGAUGAAGAAAGAAUGGGGGCCUUGGAUUCGCUGCAAAGGCAAAAGGAAAGAGUUUCUAGGGCCUACAACAAAAAGGUAAAAGAUAAAACGUUUGCUGUCGACGACUUAGUCUGGAAAGUUAUUUUGCCGAUGGAUAGGAAUGAUAGGGUUUUGGGAAAAUGGUCCCCAAAAUAG